UAACGAAUUAAAAUCUGAAUUCACAAAAUCAUUGCGAAUAAUUGUGCUCAUAUCUAAAUUGUCUGGAUUAUUUAAUUUUUCUUAUUGCUUUAAUUCAAAUAAUACUGUGACACAAAAAGUUGGGGCAUCACACUUAUUUGGCGAUAUUAUUCAGUUGGGGUUUUAUGUAUUAAUGUCAUUUGUCGUGCUCACAUCACCAACUUAUGUUUAUAUAUUUCGUUAUGAUAUAAUUCGUUAUUGGAUAAUUCUUAUAACUACUAGGGGCUCAGCAAAAUGGAUGAUAAAGUUAAUCAAUGAAUUACUUAAAUAUGACAGAAAAUUUUCCAGUCUUCCUAGAACCAUUCAAUUACGAGCACCAAGCAUAAAUUUUUGGUCAAAAGUCGUAAUUUUAUAUUGUGUUUACUUUUGGGCGAUUCAUUUUGCUAUAAUACCUAGCACUUUAAAAAAAAUUGAGUUGGUUCAAUUGUUCGUUGGAACAACUUUUGGUGUGCCACGGUUGGUGGACUUUGCAGUACUAACUACGACAUGUUUUUUCUUGGGAAAUUUCGGAUGUCGAUUCCGUGCAUUAAAUGAAUUUUGGAAAUCAUUAAUAGUAUCAUUUGAGAUAUUACCUGAAUAUUGGACCAAUGAAGAUAUUGUGAUGAUAAUUGAAUGCUGCAGACUAUUACAUGCUGAUCUUUGUACGAUGCUCCGGAUGUUUAGUCUUGCCUAUGGACCUGUUUUGCUUGUAUCUUUUUUAUUUUUCAUAGUUGAUAUUGUUCAUCAUUUUUUCAUAAUAGGAUAUAUUGAUGACCCAUAUUUAUCAAUUAUGCCAGCAGUUAUUUCAAUUUUACAAUUUAUAUUCUACAUUUCAGUAAUUCUUACACUUGGUUCAUGGUCUCGCUAUCAG